AUACUAACCAGGCUAUCUUGUGUAGCAUCUGAGAGAGUGUGUUUAGCACCCUGAAGUAUUUGUAUAAAGUGUUUUAGUAUUCGCUGACUUUGCUGUUUCUGAGCUUGCCUGAGGGCAAAGUGGUGGGCAUCCCUUUGGAGAAUAGAGGCAGACUAUGGUCUUGCAAGGCUGUCAUGUGCAGGUUCAUGUCCAGGGUAUCUGCGCUCCUUUUCUUCAGAAAUGCCCGUCACUAUGCCACAUGUCAGUAGAUAGCUACAUUUUUCUGUCUUUCCUAAUGCUGAUCCAUAGUUCUAGUCGUUUAGUGGACGUUUGCCAGUCAGGCAGACAAAGGCAGCUCCUGCCUUCCCCACUAUAUCAUUUGGGGCUGACCUCCUGUCUUGCAAUAAGUCAGUGUUGUUGCAUUAUUCUAGAUGUAAGGUACCACUAGGACUGGGCAGUGUUUCCACUCUCCUCCCAUCCCGUGGAGCCUGUUGGCAACAGGAGUGCCCACAGAAGUGAGAUGUUCGCUGAGUGGCGGGAGAAUUCUGUGUUUACUGAGCUUGGAGCUAGGCUGGUUGUCCCGCUGAUUGGGAAGUGCUUGCAAGUUUCUGGUGCUUCCCCUGUUUUAAGGGGUGAAGCAGGUAGAGACUCCUCCUAAGGACCUUGAGGACAUCAGCUGGCUGGGAAAUGGGAAUGGUAUGGCCUGAGGCUAUGCAUGGGACAUGAUAUGAUACAGUCCAUUUUCAUUCUGUGGUAUUUUCUUUUAAGCUGUGAUCCCUGAACACUAAAUGCCUGUUGAAUGAAGGUGAGUUGAUAAAACUGGUAUGUACAGAAACUGAUACUGUUCUAGCUGGAGCUGCCUGAAUUCAAUAUCAAAUACUUGAUUCAUUCAUUACGUAGAGCUUUUUGAUGCAGGAAACCCAACUGGUUUUAGAAGUUGUCAGAUUUGGUUAUGACUCCACACAGUACUGCAGUAUUCGCCUCACCGCAGCACAUUCUGCACCCUUGCAGGCCGAAUACUUGAAGGUGGCAGACUUCUGGGUCUUCUCAUCCUACUUGCUGUCCCUAAAUAAAAGGAGGGGAAAAAAAUAUCACUUGGAGUGUCCCUGAUAAAGUUUGAGAAGCGCUAGCAGUCCUGGUUCAAAGAAGUGGCUUCAGCCUGAAAAUAAACUGGUUGCUUGUUAGCUGGUCAUAGGGAGGGAGCAACUAAUGUAAAUGCAGGUAACCAUGCAGAAUGCAGUUCAGGUGUGGUUUGGAGAUGACCUUCCCUUAAGUCCCCGCAGUCCUCUAACUCCCAGACAUGGACCAGGUUUGGCAGAUGUGUGCCUGUAUGACCGAUGGAUAUCUGUGCGGCAUGAAGCAACUUUGGUGCCUAUGCAAGAAGAUCUGUCAAUCUGGCUGUCUGGCUUGCUGGGAAUAGAAAUCAAAGCAGAACAACUGCUAGAAGAACUUGAUAAUGGGGUACUACUCUGCCAAUUGGUUGGUGUUCUUCAAAACACAAUUAAAGAAUGUUGUAGCUCAAAUAAUUUAAGGAAUUUUCCUAUGAGAAAAGUUCCAUGUAAGAAGGAUGCACCAUCAGGAUCUUUUUUUGCCAGAGAUAAUACAGCCAACUUUCUUAACUGGUGUAGGGCCAUUGGAGUUGAUGAGACUUAUCUCUUUGAGUCUGAAGGUUUAGUUUUGCACAAGGAUCCAAGACAAGUGUAUCUUUGUCUGUUGGAAAUUGGACGCAUUGUGUCCAGGUAUGGAGUUGAACCUCCUGUGCUAGUAAAACUAGAGAAAGAAAUUGAGCUAGAAGAAACACUGCUAAUGACUUCUGGGCCACCAUCACCUGUUAGCACAGCAAAGUCAUGUUGUCACCAUGGGGAGCUGCAUGAGGCAGUUAAACAUAUAGCAGAAGAUCCUCCCUGCAGUUGUUCCCAUCGAUUUUCAAUUGAAUACUUAUCAGAGGGACGUUAUAGACUGGGAGAUAAAAUACUCUUCAUAAGAAUGCUACAUGGCAAGCAUGUGAUGGUCCGUGUUGGUGGAGGCUGGGACACUCUUCAAGGUUUUCUACUUAAAUAUGACCCAUGCCGAGUGCUUCAGUUUGCAACUCUGGAACAAAAAAUCCUGGCGUUUCAGAAAGGAGUCACCAGCGACAGUGUCCCCAGCUCAUCAGCUAGACUUCAGGAGCCUCCUGUUAUGAAUCCAAUGUCAGCUGUCAGUAUGUUUCAAAAGCAGCCAUCAAAACCACUGACUCCUGUUUCAACUCCUGGGGCCAGUGCCAAGAAGGCUUUACCUAAACGUCCUCAGUCCCCUGUCCUGGCAUCAUCAAAAGUGCCAGUGCUUCCAUCCUCUACAGCCAAGUCAUUGAGAGUCAAGUCCAAAUUACAAGGGUCUCCUCUGAAACCAUUACCUGGCACCUCAAAGAAACUGGAGUCUUCUGCACACAGUUCACCAGCUUCUGCUCCUUCGCAGCCUCUAAGCAAAAGCUCUUCAGCUGCAGGAGCAAGAACAGCUCUUGUUCACUCUGAAACAUUGCGCAAACGUAUUUGGUCCCCUGAUGCUCCCAAGAUGAAAUUUACCCUGCCUCAGGGCUCCCCAGCACCAACGCUACAUCCUGCAUCCUCAUCCCCUAGAAAACAGCCAUCUCCCUUGCCUGGGACAGCUGGAACAAUCACUUCAAUACAAAAGCGUGUCCCUGCUAAAUGCAAACCUGUAUCUGACAUGAAACCCAAAGUGAAUUCAGUUGGUCCAAAGGCUGCCCAGCCACCUGUGACAAACCUGAGUGCUGUUGCCAAGUUUGCACAAUCUCAGCAGCUCCUUGCAAAACCUCAUUCUGAAAAUGCUGUUCAGACCUCAGGAACUAGGUGUCGGCAUCCUCAGAAAGCUCCACAAACAGCUACUGAUCGGGCAAGGAACCUGAAAAGUCCUUCAGUCCUAAAACACUCAGCUUCUGCACCUUCCCUUGAAGUUAACAAAGCAUUAAAGUCACCACCUACACUGGUAUCUGCAAGCAAAAAUGUAUCAUCUGCUGUCAAUAAGCAGCCUAAUGCCAGUAAACCCCCUCAGGUUGGACCCGCUUCAUCCAAGCCUCCUGAACGCACUCCUUUAUCUGUUGUACGGCUUCCUCAAACUUCAGCCAAAGAGGCAGUGACCAAAAAGCCAGCACAGCCUUCAACAAAAAACUUGCAAGUAAAUGAAGUCUUGGCCCCAGCAGCCAAGAAGCCUCUCCCUAAGGGAAAAUCAGCAAUGACGUCUAACAAAGGAAUGCCUGGUGUAUCAAAAAGUCCUCUUAUGAGGAGCAGGCAAGAUGAUCACUAUUUUGUUAUGACAGGGAGUAAAAAACCCAGAAAGUAAACAUAAUUCUUACUUUCUGUGGAAGUCUGAAUUUUGUUCCUGUGGGCCUCUUGUAACUGCUACACUGAAGACAAGGAAAAAAGUUUAAUAACACUACAUUUACCAUGAAAUAUUAGGUAUAACCUACAUUUUGUUGCAUAACUUAGAGUAAGAACUGUAUUUUGUGAUUUUGAUAUUUGGAUAUAUUUAGAAGUGAGCUUGCUUGCUGUGUAGCAUUGCCAGAAUAGAGAGUAACAUCCCUGCUUGCUACUAGGCUGACCUGCUGCAGGGAAGUUGGGAGAGAGGAAAGGGGAACUAGGGCUGCUGCUUUUGCUGCCACUCAUUUUCAAGGGAGCAAAGCCUGCCCAAGAAACAUCUGUCUGUGGUUCUGGCACAUCUGCAUUGAGGCUCUUGGCAAGCAAUAGAGCUGUGCACAAGCUGUAAAAUUUAUAAUACCUCAAACAAAAGUGGGUUUUAGUUCACCGUUGUCCUGGAACCCAGAUUUGAGUCAUCUGCAUGUAUUAGAAAGAGAAAGAAAUUUCUAAUCAUGUUUAGCUUUGACAACUGCCAUUAUCAGUGUUCACUGUGCCCCCCAUACACCUUAAAGUGGCUUCUGCUCACUUGGAAGUGGAGCCUUCUUAGUUUAAGUUGGAUGUGGAAAAUCAUGGCCUUGAUUCCUUGCUCUCAUUGUGCCUUAGCCUUUCAAAUUCAAGACGGAUUUCUUCAGUGAGCAAUGCUACUUUUAAAAUCCUGGGCAGACAACCUUGCUUAGAGCCCAGUCUUUCCUAGAAAGCUGUUGCUACAUGAAGAGAAGCUCCCGAGUUUUGCUGGGAGAAUGCUUUCCCCUGGGAUAGAGCCCCAAAUCAACUUCUGCUCCAGAAACUCAGAGUUGCCAGUACUAACCUGUACUGGCAGAGCCUUACUGCUCUGCAGGAGUAGCCUUUACAUGUAAAAGUAUUUAGUGAUUCUAAAUUUGGUUUUAUCAGUGUUACAGGUUAAUUUUUAUGGGUAGUCUGUCUACAGUGGCUUUUUUUGUUUUAUUUAUGGAGACCUUUUUACUGGCUCUCCUGUAUUACUUUCUGAAGGUAAGGAGUAGCUUCCCAAAAAAGCACCAAGGAACUGCAUUUGCUUUUAAACAUACAAAGUGCCAGAAAUCUGUGCAUUGUUUAGACUUUCAACUCCUGAACAUGUUCAGGUUUAAAUAUCUGUGGUGAUCAACACCUUUACCCUUAACAGAAGUAAGUUUAAUGGUAGAUUAAUAAAAAUUACUGUCUUUGGGAGUAGCAUUGUUUGGGAUAUUUUGGCUUUAAUGAACAGUUGUUCCUACAGACACUGAGGAGCUCUCAAGGUCUGUGAAGAGACACUGCUGACUUCUACAGAUCAUCACUUCUGCUCUCUCUUCCCAGGAUAUUUACUUACGGGCAAGAGAAGACAUGCAUAGAUACUGUAGUUUAUGAUGUUAUGUAUUUAAUUAUACUUUUCCCCCCUUGGAACUAGCAUAAGCAAGCAUCAUAAACUGAGUUCUUAUGUGCAGUGGCAAAGUGACUGAGCUGUCUUUCUGAGCACCUUGUUAGCUUUUUUAUUUAUGAUUCUAUUUAUGCAUACCUACUGUACAAUACUGUCUACAGCCUGCUGGGAGUAAACAGUAAAUACUAAUAUCAAAACUGCAAGAGGAAAACAGAUCAGUUUUAAUAACAUGAACGUAAGUCCCACAAGCAAAGUUGUAUGUUUGGGGAAGGCCUUAGGCUUACUUGUUUUAUAAAUAAACCAGUCAAAGCCACUACUGCAAAUGUUGAGAACAGUAUUGACUGUAGUGGACUGCUUUCAGGUUUGAUAAAUUUGGCACACAGUUUUAUAUGCUGAAAGCAUUUUACAGUAGUUAAGCUGAUUUUUAUUUUGGGCUUCCAAAUAGCAAGCUAUGGUGUGCUAUAUCUCAUGCAGAUUAAUAGCUGAACUCUUGGGAUUUAUUUGUGCACUGGGUCUGGCUGAGAUGGAGUUAACUUUCUUGAUAGUAUCCCAUAUGGUGCUGUGUUUCAGAUUUGUAACUAAAAACCAGUGUUGAUAUCACACCAGUGUUUUGGCUGUUGCUGAACAGUCCUUGUACAGGGUUAAGGCUUUCUCUUUUUCCUGUUCUGCCCCCACAGCAAUUAGGCUGAUGGUGGGCAAGAGACCUGGAGAGACAUGUCUGGGACAGCCAACCCUGACUGGACAAAGGGCUAUUCUAUAUUGCAUAUCGUCAUCCUCAGCAAUAAGAACAGAGUAGGGGAAGGAGGAUUUUGUAGGGGGGCUGCCUUCCAAGGUGGCUAUUGUUUGCAGAUUUGGCUGGGCAUUGGUUUGCCUGUGGAAGGUAGUGAGUGAUUGCUUUAACAUCACUUGGUGGGCUUUUUCCCCUCUUUCCUUCAUUUAUUGAGCUGUCUUUGUCCCAGCUGGUGAGUUUUCUUGCAUUUGCUGCUGCUCUUCUUCAUCUUCCUGGUGAUGGAGAGGA